AUGGCACUUGAGUUAGUUGAAGGGGCUGUUCUAGGAACAGUUUUUGCUGCCCUGCAUGAUGUUGUUAAGGUAGCCUUGGUUCAAACCCCUCCUUGGAGAUCUCAACUGCAGGAAGCGAGGGAUGUGAAGGAGGCACUGCUUUUGGCAAGGAAAAUUCAUGACAAACAAGAUGAAUUGGACAAGAAACUAUCUGAUUUACUAAAAGUGCAGCAAGAAGCCGGGCUGAGAGCGCAUGAGGAAUUGAAUGGCCGGGAAUUUUCAAGAAGCAAUAAUUCACAAACUACAGGGCAGAAACGAAUUAAAGGGAAUGGUGUGCAAAGAAUUGCCCUAGGAGCAGUGUUUGGGUUGCUCUUUGGUGCUGUUAUACAAGUGAAGGACAAGACUAAGAUGUUUAAGCGCAUCCUUGGAUAUCUCAACUCCACGUUAGACUCCUUAAAACCACUAAUAGAAGAGAUAACAGAAUAUAACAAGGUACUGCAUCUCCCCAAGGAGGAACUAGAGAAUUUCACCAUACAAAUGGAGACGGGGGUAGAGCUCAUUCACAAGUGCUCUAAGUUAGCAAGAGAUGUGAGAGAGAGCUUAGUUUUCGUAAGUAAUACAGAGAUUGUGAUCAAGCAAAUUGAAGAGAGUGGGAACAAGGGAUGUUAA